AUGACCACCCUUUCUCCAGAAAACAGCCUCUCUGCAAAGCAGUCGGCCACCUUCAUCCUGGAGAAAAGAAACCCCCCUAUUGACAAGACGGAAUGGGACAGCUUCUUCGAUGAGAACGGUCACUUGGCCAAGUCUCGGGACUUCAUUUGUGUUAACAUCCUGGAAAGGGGUCUACACCCCUCCGUGAGGACAGAAGCCUGGAAGUUCCUCACAGGUUACUACUCAUGGCAGAGUUCCUGGGAUGAGCGGCUCAUGGUGGACAGCAAGAGGAGGAGGAACUACAAAGCCCUGUGCCAGAUGUAUGAGAAAAUCCAGCCCCUGCUGGAAAACUUGCAUGGGAACUUCACAGAGACUAAGAACAACAUCGCAUAUGACAUCCAGAAACUCUAUACCAAAGACCCCUUGGGCAAUGUGCUUGUGGACAAGAAGAAACUAGAGAAGACCCUGCUGCUGAGUUAUGUCUGCAACACAAAGGCUGAGUACCAGCGAGGCUUCCAUGAGAUGGUGAUGCUUUUCCAGCUAAUGGUGGAGCAUGACCACGAGACCUUCUGGCUCUUCCAGUUCUUCCUGCAGAAAACAGAGCACAGCUGUGUCAUUAACAUCGGGGUAGGCAAGAAUCUGGACAUGCUCAACAGCCUGAUCACUUUACUGGACCCUGAAUUUGCCGAACACCUCAAAGGGAAGGGCUCUGGAGCCGUGCAGUCCCUUUUCCCCUGGUUCUGCCUCUGCUUCCAGCGUGCCUUCAAAUCUUUCGAUGAUGUCUGGAGGCUUUGGGAGGUUCUGCUGACGGGGAAGCCCUGCAGGAAUUUCCAGGUGCUGGUGGCCUACAGCAUGCUACAGAUGGUGCGUGAGCAGGCACUGCUGGAGAGCAUGAGCGGCGACGCCAUCCUCCUGGCCUGCAACAACCUCAUUGACCUUGAUGCUGAUGAGCUGAUCUCUGCUGCCUGCAUGGUUUAUGCUGAGCUCAUGCAAAAGGAGAUUCCCCAGCCAUUAAAGGAUUUCUUACUCUGA